CAAUUCUAAUAUGACGUUCUUCUUUAGCUUUGGGUACAAAGCCAUGUUCUAAUUUGAAUAGAACAUGGGCUGCACGUGAUUGACGUCACAAUUGAAAUUGCAACGUCAGAUGAAUUUUGAACAACGCCAGAGAUCAAAAUGGACAUUUUUGUUGGUGUUGCUCGCUAGGAAAUUAAAUAAAAACAUUCUAAAAGUAGAUGGCACGACAAUGAGAAGAUUAAUAGCUACCAUUCUGACACUGUGCAUACUUCAUGUAUAUAUAGUCGGUACCUGUCCUGCUGAUUGGAAUUCUUUUGGAUUGAAAUGUUAUAAAAUUUCUAACCAGCCUUUAACUUUUUGGAAUGCAAGGGAAUAUUGUAAUAAUCAGAAUGCUGUCGUCAUUAUGCCAAGAACGGCCGAUGAGGUCAAUACGAUGCAAACCCUGGUUGAACAGGGUGACGUAAUUUGGAUUGGACUUACCGAUAUUGAAACUGAAGGAACAUGGCUUUGGAAUGAUGGAACGAAACUAAAUUCUACAAAUGAACUUUGGAAUACUAACACUAAUAAUCCAGAUGAACCAAAUGGAUUCAGGACUGAGAACUGUGCUAUCGGUCACAUUAAAACUGGAAAAUAUAAAUGGACUGAUAUCUCGUGUAAUAGUAAAUACUGGGUAGUUUGUCAGUUGAAAGUAAGUGCAUACAACAAGACUUGCUCUACACUAGUUGGAAAUUCCACAUGUUACAAUAAUAUGGUUUGUGUUUCUGAUAUUUGUGAUUGUGAGAUUCCCGCCAUGCAGUAUCAUGAUUCCUAUGAUAAAAGCUGUAAAGCAAUGAGUACAUACAACGAGAAUUGCUCUACACAAGUUGGAGAUGCCUCAUGUUACAAUGAUAUGGUUUGUAAUUCUGGUAUUUGUGAUUGUGAGAUUCCCGCCACGCAGUAUCACGAUCCCUAUGAUAAAAGUUGUAAAGCAAUGAGUACAUACAACGAGGCUUGCUCUACACAAGUUGGAGAUGACUCAUGUUACAAUGAUAUGGUUUGUAAUUCUGGUAUUUGUGAUUGUGAGAUUCCCGCCACGCAGUAUCACGAUCCCUAUGAUAAAAGUUGUAAAGCAAUGAGUACAUACAACGAGGCUUGCUCUACACAAGUUGGAGAUGACUCAUGUUACAAUGAUAUGGUUUGUAAUUCUGGUAUUUGUGAUUGUGAGAUUCCCGCCACACAGUAUCACGAUCCCUAUGAUAAAAGUUGUAAAGCAAUAAGUACAUACAACGAGGCUUGCUCUACACUAGUUGGAAAUUCCACAUGUUACAAUAAUAUGGUUUGUGUUUCUGAUAUUUGUGAUUGUGAGAUUCCCGCCAUGCAGUAUCAUGAUUCCUAUGAUAAAAGCUGUAAAGCAAUGAGUACAUACAACGAGAAUUGCUCUACACAAGUUGGAGAUGCCUCAUGUUACAAUGAUAUGGUUUGUAAUUCUGGUAUUUGUGAUUGUGAGAUUCCCGCCACGCAGUAUCACGAUCCCAAUGAUAAAAGUUGUAAAGCAAGUACGUAUUCAUUGUAUAUGAUGGUAUUCCUAAUUGGAUAA